UCGUUUCUUUUAGGCUUUCUCCUCCCAUGAGACCCUUGAAUAAAAACCAGCCAUCCCUUUUUCACAAACUCUCUUCUCAGCCGUUGGAUCCUUGGGAGGAUCCAACGGUCAGAAUUCAAAUUACAGAGAAUACGACCGUUGGCUAAUUGCGUCGGCUGUUGAGCGUCCCUAUUAGUCUCUUGAGAAAGCAAGCAACAAUUCACAAACCACAAAUAGAGAGACUUAGAGAGCGAGAGAGAGCGAUAGAUUAACGGGUUUAAUCCCAAACCCAGUUUAAAUUUUGAGAGACAAUCAUAAAGAAGCGAUGGAAGCUAGAGCGGUCCUUCCACCAGAACCCAGAGGGGGAGGUAAGGUGAAGAAUGGACAAGGGCAAAGAAAUCGGCAAGUCCUUGGAGACAUUGGUAAUCUAGAUGUCGUUCGUAUGGCGGACGGGAAGCGAAUAACUCGCCCCAUUACAAGGGGUUAUCAUGCAAAAUUGUUAGCAGAGGCAGAGAAGAAAAAGAACCCAGUUAUAGCACUUGCGGAAAAUGAGGUAGCUAUUAAGAGAAAAUGCGGUGCUAAGAAGGUGGCUGAAGCUCAUGCGAAGGCAAUUGAGAAGCCCAAACAAGAGACUGUAGUUGUGAUUAGUUCUGAUGAAGAGGAAGAGGUUGAACCUGUUAGUGAAAGAAAGCCAAGAGAACGGCCGUCGCCAAGGGAAGUUAAGACUCUUACUGCAAUCCUCACUGCUAGAAGUAAGGCUGCUUGUGGGGUCACAUUUAAGCCAGAAGGUCAGGUUGUGAACAUCGAUGCAGGAGAUGUAAAUGAUGCUUUCGCAUUGGUUGAAUAUAUCGAUGACAUCUACAAGUUCUAUAAGCUCACAGAAGAUGAGAGUCAAGUAAAUGAUUACAUGAAAUCACAGCCAGAAAUCAAUGUGAGGAUGAGGAGUAUUCUCGUAGACUGGUUGAUUGAAGUUCACAGAAGAUUUGAACUCAUGCCUGAAACCCUCUACCUUACCAUAAACAUACUUGAUCGGUACCUUUCUAUGGAGAAUGUGUCAAGGAGAGAACUUCAAUUGGUGGGCAUAGGCUCCUUACUCUUAGCCUGCAAGUAUGAAGAAAGUUACUCUAUACAGGUUUAUAACCUGGAAUGCAUAUCAGACGAUGCUUAUUCAAGUGACCAGAUACUUGUCAUGGAGAAAUCAAUUUUGGAGAAGUUGGAGUGGUAUUUAACAGUUCCUACACCAUAUGUCUUUCUGGCUCGUUAUAUCAAAGCUUCUGUUCCACCUAAUCAGGAGAUCGAGAAUAUGGUCUUUUUUCUAGCUGAACUGGGUCUUGUAAAUUAUCCAACAACCAUUUUGUACCGCCCAUCAUUGAUUGCCGCCGCAGCUGUCUAUGCUGCACGCUGCACUCUCGGUGAGAGUCCUUUUUGGAGUGAAACUCUGAAGCACUACUCAGGCUACACUGAAGAACAGAUAAUGGAUUGUGCCAAACUUUUGGUUGGCUUCCACUCAGCUGCUGCAGAAAGCAAAUGUAAGGCGGUAUAUAAGAAAUACUCGAGUCCAGACAAGGUUGAUGUUUAUUAUCAUUGCACUCCACCCAAAAGUCUUCUGUCCACAUCAUUGUAAAGGAUGUAUCUUGGCUACUUUUUGUACCUAAAUCUCUGUAUACAUCUAAUGAUGUGUUUGAUUAGAUUUUAUGUUAUAAGAUCUAAAUUCUUUUAUAUGUUGGAUACUUUAGAAGUCAUUCUUGAGUAAUGAUGUAUAUGCCCUAGUUUCUAUGGUCUUUUGAAUGGAUCAACCAAUAAUAACACGAACAAGUUUCUUUGUCA